AUGUCUGAGUACAAGUUCUAUUCGUACAAUGCUCUCGCUAAUGCUGUUAAGAAUGAAUUCAGUAACGCGAUAAAUGUGAACGUUAUAUUCAAUAAAAAGUCUGUGAAAGGAUUAUAUAUAUCGUUUGUUAAACCAUAUGCUAUCAUUAUUGACAGAAAACGUUACACACCACAUGAAAUAGCAGUAUUACUUAAACAGAAAGGAAUAUAUGUAAAUAUUAAAGAUUCUCAUUAUACGAUUAUGAAGAACUCUAACGUUGAAUUUUUCAGCAUCGUUUUAGAUUUAACGCAGCAGAAAGAAUUCAAGAAAGGAGAAAAUGUCGUUAAAUAUUAUCCUUCAUCUCUGAAGAUGAUAACGAAUAAAGAUACACUCCAUAAAAUCCUACCAGUAAUUGAGGAAGCAACGAUUGAAUUUGAUGAAGAAGGUAUGGAAAGCCGCAACGCAGAGCCCAUAGUUGAGGAAAGUGACCCUGAGGAAAGUGAUUCUGAGGAUUUAUAA